AAACCAAUAGAUGAUUCCAUGGCAGUUGGCAGUCCUGACAGCAGGCUGGCCCUGACAGAUACGGAUGUGAGGCAGGGUGGGAGUUAUCUAUCUUCUCUGUUUUAUAGACUACUUCAGGUUCUGCUGCUGCCAAUGCCUCAGCAACCACUGAAAGUUCAGAUAUCACCCUUCCUGUAACUAAUCAAAUCAAGGAAGAGAUCUACAAAAUAGUGGUGGUGGUUCCAGCUAGAAAUUUUCACUCACAAUGGUGCACGUUUCAAAUAGAAGUAUCCAGGGUAUGAACAUACUUUUCUCCUCCUGGGCCGUAGUCUUAACAGUGAUGGGAAUCACCUUAGAUAAAUGGGUUGAAUUGAUUUCAGAAGAUGAAAGAGCCAAGAUGAACCACAGUCCAUGGAUGAUGUGUUGCCGUGCUCUUUGGCCAGAAGAUGACCUGAAAGUGGUCAGGAUUAUGAUGAUGUCGAGCCUUGGCCUUUCCUUCCUCCUUAACUUAAUCCUGGGUAUGAAAUUCACCUAUCUGAUUCCUCAAAAUAAAUAUAUACAACUCUUCACUACCAUCCUCGGUUUCUUCUCAGGUAUCCUUCUGCUCUGGGCACUCAUACUAUAUCACAAUAAGCUGAACCAAGGUCAAUCCAAGCACUUCUCUAGUUACAGGAUCACCUGGGUCAUGUAUACUGCUUACUUAAACGUUUUCUUCUUGUCUGUCUGUGGAAUCCUCUCUCUCCUAGAGUGCAAGUUGUCUACCAGUAGGUGUACCUGCCUGAACAUCCAUAAAUCUGACAACGAAUGUAAGGAAUCUGAGAAUUCCAUCGAAGGUAAUUCAUUACCAGAAUGCACUGCAAUGCCUCGUAGCAUUGUCCGUGCACACACUGUGAAUUCCCUAAACAAAAAAGUCCAAACACGUCGCGUAACCUGGGCUCUGUGAUUUGGCAAUCUAUUUCUCGCAGUAUAUGCUCAUCUUUAUGGAAAAAGCUUUGUGGGUGUGUGCUGAGUCUCCAACCAUGUUGUCUCUAUUUGGAAUUACGGUUGGGGUUUGUAAAAAGAUCUGGAAGAUGGUUUUUUUAAAAAUCGUGGCCUGCUGAACAAAUAGUUUCUUCUGCAACAUUUGUUGUUAAUAUAAUAAAUAUUAUCAUAUAAAUAAUACUUUCUGUAUUGUUAAGUCUAUGCAUCACAAACACUUAUAAUGAUAUAUAAUAGUUGUAUUGUAUUGUGAAAUAUUUCAAACAUACAUAAGAAAUACAAAAUGAUGAUCAAACACCUAUGUACACAUCACCCAACUUUAUAAAAUUUUAACAUUUUUCCCUGGAGAAGUUUUUCCAUUAAAUUUAUAGAUAUAACUGAUGUUCCUCUAAAAACUUCUCCAGUUUCAUUUCCAUCUCUUGUUUCCUAUCAUAAAACACUUUUAAAGAUGCAUUGCUGAUGAUUCUACAUUCAUGUUGACAUUUUCACUACAAAUUUAUGCAUCUAUAAAAGCUAUAUAGACCAGCUUUUCAAAUGUUUGAAAGUUGGUAAAUAUUACACUGUAGAGAUCAUGUUGUAUUUAUUUUCAUAAAUUGCUGAAAUAAAUCUUCUAAUUAUUUUAGAAUUCCUGAAUCUAUCUAUGUAAGUAAAACUUGGUUCCUUCAUGCCUUUUUGUGGUUCAUACUUUGUGGUGCUAAAUAAUAUUCAAUUGUAAGACUGUACCACAGUUUGUUUAUCUAUUUCACCUACUGAAGGAUAUCUUGGUUGUUUCCAAGUUUGGGCAGUUAUGAAUAAAACUGUUAU